AUGUCUAGCAUCGAACCUUUUGAAAUCCCGUCCAUUCCACCUCAGCGUCUUGCUUCGCUCAAAGAAAAGCUACAGAACGUUGAGUAUCCGAACGAGCUCGAAAAGAAUGUCGGCUGGAAGUAUGGUGCACCUCGACGAGCUGUUGAGCCUCUCGUUCAAGCCUGGCUCAACGACUACAACUGGGAAAAGGCGCGUGCCGAAAUGAACAAGUGGCAUCACUACCGCGCGGAAAUCCAAAUGGUUCACGGAUCCGACUUUGGCACCAUGGUCGGCAAAUGGCUCGCUGUCAAGCAUCCUCAGCAGUGCAAGGGAUUCCACACGGCCACGUCCGGAUGUAUGCCACCCAUCCCAACGCCCGGUUUUCUAUGGUCCCACCCACUCAAGGUGGCAAAGUUUAUGGCUAGCAUCGCUCUCGGUAUGGACACAGUCUAUGGUCGUGGUUCUUCCAAAAUCAAGGGCCGAUCGUUUGUCGACGUUGAAAAUGAUCCUGAACUUGGUUACUGUGCCAUCCAGAGUACACGACCGUACACUUUAGCAUAUGGUUUGACUGACAGUCCAGUGGGCCUUUUGGCUUGGCUACUCGAAAAGUACCACAAUUGGUCAUAUCCUGAAAACAAGGAUGACAGUGUCGUGUUGCCAGACACCAUCACCACCGACGAGUUCCUCACUCAAGUCACUCUCUUCUGGCUGACAAAUUCGAUUUCCUCGUCGAUCCGUUUCUACUAUGAAACCUUCAAUGAUGCAGGAGUGAAGGCGGUGUUCCCGCUUUACGUCAACAUCCCGAGUGCAGUGUCCUGCUUCCCUGCUGAUCUAAGCAAGGUCCCUCGCGAAUGGCUUGAAGCAAACUUCAAUUUGCAGCAAUACAACGAACUCGACAUGUUCAAUCCUUCUAUUCCUCAAGAAGCACGCGACUUUGUGGAUUUCGUCAACAAGUCGCCAUCGCCCUUCCACUGCACUCAUGGAGCUGCUGAGCUGCUGAAACAGGCAGGUUUCACAGAGAUCAAGGAACGUGACAACUGGAAUGGUGCUAUUGAACGCAAUGGCAAAUACUAUUUUACUCGAAACGGCUCGUCGAUCGUUGCUUUUGUUGUCGGUGGCAAAUACGUUCCUGGUAACGGGUCUACUAUUGUGGGCGCGCAUACUGAUUCUCCUUGCUUAAAGGUCAAACCUAUCUCUAAAAAGGAAAAGAGUGGUUAUCUGGAAGUCGGUGUCCAGCUUUACGGUGGUGUAAUCAUUGCGACUCGGAUACCUAACAAGUAUGGGUUUAUCGAUCAGGCACGCAUGGAUCGUGAUUUGGGCGUUGCUGGAUGCGUCAUGGUCGAAGACAACAAUGGCAAAUACCGUCACACAGUGGUUAAAGUGGACAGACCUCUUUUGCGUAUUCCCACACUUGCAAUCCACUUGGAUCGUAAUGCCAACGACAGUUUCACGUUCAACAAGGAAGUCCAGCUUGCACCAAUUCUUGCUACUGCCACCAAAGCAGAGUUGAACAAGACUGAAAGUGACGAACAUAUUGAAGCAGAAGAAGGCCACCACCCCUUGUUGAUUCGUGUACUUGCCGACGAAAUGGGCGUCAAACCAAGCCAAAUUCGCGAUUUCGAAUUGGUUCUGUAUGAUACUCAGAACAUUGAGAACGAUACCAACGUCCGUGUGACCGUUUGCUUUGACAAUGACAAGAUUGGCAGCACCACCGCCCACGGUGCUGACUCGAAUCCUUUGCCAACCACCUUGCAGCGCUUGGCCAACACUGAACUGUUAUCUGGCGCAAAAGUAUCGCCCACUGCCUUUGAAGAGGCCAUGCACAAGAGUAUCCUCAUCAGUGCAGAUAUGGUACAUGCCAUUCAUCCCAACUACCCCGAAAACACGAAGAAAACCACCGACCACACAUGCACAAGGGUACUGUUAUUAAGAUCAACGCAAACCAGUUUGGUUUUGAAAGAGCUGGCAAAGAAGCAUGUGAUCCCAAUUCAGGAAUUUGUUGUUCGUAAUGAUAGCCCUUGUGGCUCGACAAUCGGCCCAAUGCUUAGUGCAAAGCUUGGACUUCGCACAGUUGAUGUGGGUAACCCUCAACUCAGCAUGCAUUCGAUCCGUGAAGUCGGUGGUACCGACGAUGUCAAGCACGGAAUCGAUCUGUUGCAGGUCUUCUUUGAGGAAUUUGCUGAAUUGGAAGCUCGCAUUGUUGUGGAUUAA